AUGGAUAAUGUUGAACUUCCAGAUCUUCGCCGCAAGCUACAUGCUACACGUGUGAAGACGCCGAACAAAGGAUCUUUCUUCAUUCCACACGAGCAAAUUAAGAAAUUCGCCGACAAGUCAAUCAUUAAGUCUGUUAUCAAAGCAAAUGACCAGGAAAAGCUUGCUGAGGUUGUGAGCAAACAUUAUCGCCGCAUCUUCUUAAUUUUGAUCUUGAUGAAAAGGCUGGACUGGCUUGAAAGUCUUGUAGCAUUGGGUCUCAAAGAUGAUUGCCUGCCAUUGCAACUGGACUUGCAACUGGACCAAGAUGGUGAUGAAAAAAUGUUUGGGAUUUCGACUUCAGGAGAGAGAUUCGACUUUCCCUCUGAUGAACCCAUACAGGAUGAGGGAAUGUUUCGGACAUUCCAAGCCUUGCUUACUGCGCCGGUCUUCGAAGGGGAUCGCAAGUUUGGGCAGCUCUUGCAGAAAUUGCAACCACUCCCAUAUCUCGAAUUUGCGAUUUCUGGUGAAAAGCCAGCAGGAAAGGGAUUUUUCAGCGAAGUCGACAAAGUAAGGAUCCAUUGCGAUCAUCUCCCAGAGUAUCCACCAAGCCCAGGUACCAAUUAUGUCAUCGUUGCGAUCAAACGUUUCACGCAAUCAGAUGAGGCUUGGGCAGAAAAAGACGUUGCAAACGCCAACACUUUGCAGUCUCCGGCUUACAAGUCUAGCCAUUUGACCCAAGCGAUCGCAACCUAUACGGUUCAAGACGGCGGCAAGUUCAUUAUGCUACCAUGGGCAGAUGGGGGCCAUCUAGACAACUACUGGAAGAGCCUUGGGAGAGGCCAUCUACGAAAGGAGGAAGUGAUGUGGGUUCUUGCAGAAUUCGCUGGCCUCUGUGAGGCUCUUAAGCUGUUACAUGCCCAAAAUUUUCGGCAUAACGAUUUGAAACCUGAAAACAUUCUCUGGUUUAAAGAGCCGGAUAAUCUGAAAGUUUCAGACUUUGGACUCUCCACAUGCCAUGGCAUCGACAAGAACACCAAUGUGCGGGCAAACCUCCAUACCCUGACUCCCUCUGGCACAAACCGGUAUAAGCCACCGGAGGAAAAUGAGCGCCGCCAACCUGCUGCUCGAUCCCGCUACUACGACAUCUGGUCUAUGGGCUGUACAAUGACUGAACUUAUGGUGUGGCUGGUUUAUGGCUAUGAUGCAUUGGGGGAAUUUCAAGACGUUACGAGUCCCUACUUUUGGGAGGAGUUGCGAGAAUCUAGUGAUUCAACAAACGCAUUCGAACUUACGGAUACUAUUACUUUCACUCUCGGAUCCAUGAUGGAACAUGCUCAUGACUGCACCGCCUACGUGGAUAUCCUCAAACUCAUCCGCGACAAUCUGCUCUGUGUGCUUUACCCCACUGAGUAUGAAUAUGAAACAGAGCUGCCUGGAUAUCGCAUCAAUGCAUCGACCCUACACGGUGAACUGAAACAAAUAUACGCAAAGUGUGAAUAUGAGCCAGACUAUCUCAACUGUGUGGGCAUCGGUCGAGCUGGAAAGCUUCCCAAACGUCUGCCAGCGGCGUCGACGGAAGGCGGGAGUUUGGCAGUCCCCAACGACGGAGUUGGGAAGCGAACGCGGGGUCCUUUGCCUCAGGGCGGACUACCCCAUGAUGAAGUUGCUAAUGGCAGGGUCGUUGUACGCUCUGGUGAUCCGAACUACUCACAAUAUGGGCUACCGAUUCUCCCGAAAGCAGGAAGCGAACAAGAAUUCGCGUUGAUCAAAAGAUGGUUGCACGAUUGUGAUUCUCACGCUACCUGUCAAACGCCAGCCUCCAAAAAUGAAGGGGCCAAUGCCCCAACACGUCUUCUGGAGGUUGGACACAAUAUCCGGCUUGUCGAUGCUUCAUUGAUUCGGUCACAGCCGUAUGUUGCUCUGAGUCAUUGCUGGGGCCCUUUGAAACCAGAAGAAAAAUUCUGCACUUACCAAGAAAAUAUUGAAGCUUUCCGGCGAUCUAUUGUUUUUGACGAUCUACCAAAAACGUUUCAGGACGCCGUCACUGUGACCAGGGGCAUAGGCAUCAGUUAUCUCUGGAUCGAUUCACUUUGCAUCAUCCAGAAUGACAAGGAGGAAUGGAAAAAGGAGUCUGCAAAGAUGCAAUAUGUGUUCAGCGGAGCUUAUUGCACGCUAAGUGUCAACUCAGCACGGUCGUCCCUCGAAGGAUUUCUCACACCACGCGUACCUCGAACCUGCGUACCGCUUCCCAUCAGCGAUUCAAGGCGCAUUUAUGUCUGUCCGUCUAUCGAUGACUUUCACCGCGAUGUAGACCAGAGUAACCUCCACACUAGAGGGUGGGUUCUACAAGAAAGAGCGCUUUCACGUCGGUUUAUACACUACACAUCCACUCAAGUAUAUUGGGAGUGUGGUGCUGGGGUUCAGUGUGAGAGCCUCGCUAAAUUUCAGAAUUCCCGGGUCGCGUUCCUGGGAGAUCCCAGAUUCCCGACUCUGGCUCUCCAAUACUACAGAGACGGAAGACAGAUCCUUCUUCAAUACCUAUACGAAACUUACUCGCAGCUGGCUUUUACAAACCCCACAGACCGCCCAGUCGGAAUCCUUGGACUGGAAAGCCGCUUAUCUAGCGCGUUUCAGACGAGAGCCAUGUUCGGGACGUUUAGCAAGUACUUCCCAAGGUUCUUACUCUGGGAGAGUGCUGAGCCGGAUGGAAUGCGGUCCAUCGCGUUUGACAACACUGACCAGCAUGUUCCAUCCUGGUCAUGGCUCUCCAAACUAGGCGCUAUCCGAUACAUGAAACUGGAGUUUAACAAUGUUGAUUGGGCGACUCAAAACUUCAAGAGUCCGUUCUCCUCCGACGAGAAGAUCAGAGAGGCGACGCUAGCCUCGAGCAUAAUGGGUGCACCUUUCCGUGCAUAUGCCCAAAACAUGAAGUUGACGCAGCAAGAGGCAAAUUCUCAUAUAUCAUUUGAUUUGGGGACCACUCUCUCCCUUGAUAAUCUCAAGUGCGUUAUCGUGGGGCGUGACAAAUCUGACGACAAAGUAUAUGCCAUCAUUAUUAAGAAAGAGGAACAUGGGUUGCACAAGGAGGCAUUUGAGAGAAUUGGCUCGGCAUCAUUCCGCUCAGCCCAGAGUAACCCAGGAUUCCUCGGCACACGGUUUAGGAUUGAUAAAGACAUCGUGAUCGAUUCACCUACUUCUUGGCGUGUUGAGGAUGCUUCUGAUGGGGAAUCAAUUUUCCAAAUGUUCCUUAAAGAUCCAAACGGCAUAGUUGAACCGAUUCAUGAAGAGGGCAGCGCGCCGUGGCAGUCUUUCGGGUCAGACUACGCUGACAGCGAAACGGUCAAGUCCGUCAAGGAUCUGGGCCUAUCCGACCGAAAGAUAUUCGAUAGCGAGACGCGCGAUAUCAUCUAUGAAGAUCUAACCUCGGACCAGUUGUGUCGACAACUGAAUAUCCAGCAAGACACAGGUUGCACGUUCAAUCUCCAACAAGUUGUUUCUCAAAAAAUUGGAAGUAGUCUAAAACGUUAUGGAACGACUGAAAAGUUCCGGUAUUUACCUCUUGACGCCUUUGACAAGAUUAUCACGCCUCAGAUAAUAUAUUCCCUGCUGAAAGAAUCGUUUCCACACCUGAGCAAGGAACAACUUGGCUGCAAAGUGAACGAAGUCUUAGGUGGUGUAAAUAAGGAAAGCACUCUGAGUCCAACAAGAAAUCAGCGACGAAAAUCCAGAAAGAGGGAAGAUUCCACCCACACCAAAGAGCCAAAGAAGAGUCGGAGGCGUAUCCUAGCUCUUCUAGUGUUCAUGAAGGCCCUGAACCGUUUUGAACAUUUCAUCAAAAAAAGCAUUUACGACUCUGACUUCCCUCUCGAAGAUAACGGCAACGAUACAACGGAUUCAAACGGUCCACACAAAUUCCUGGAAGGCUGGGAUGUCUACGAGAUGAACUCUUUACUUAUAUUCCAGUACUUCUUUUGGGUACCAUUUUUCCUGAUUAAGGGGGGCGAAUUACGCUUCUAUCCCUUCAACAGUAAAACUGUCCUUCCGUGGGAAAGUAUUAAAUCCGACGCUCAUGGCGGUAGUGGAACCAUCCACAAGGUUCAAAUUCACUCCGCUCAUUUCUCGUUCGAAGAGUCCCAGCCAUCCGAUGGUCCUAUCUAUUUCGCUUUGAAGGAGGUUGACAACGUUGACCGAGAGGGGUAUCGCCAAGAAUUCAAAGCCCUCGAAAAGACUUGCGCCCGAACAUACAAGGACAAACAUCUCAUCAAACUCCUUCUUGCUUUUCAGCAUGGCGAAAAGCAGUACUUCUUGUUUGAAUGGGCUGACGGCAACCUUGAGCAACUUUGGGAUCAGACUAGUGGCGAUAGCUUUCAGACAAUCUGGGCAAUCGAGCAGUGCGUAGGUAUUGCUACAGCCAUCAGACGAAUUCAUGGGCUCUCAUCUAAACAAGAAGAAGCUGGAAAGGGCUCACAAGGUGCCGACGCGGACGGAAAGGAGUGGGGACGCCACGGAGAUAUUAAGCCGCAAAACAUUCUUUGGUUUAAAAAGUAUGGCGAGGACAAUGAUCUCCUUGUGCUAUCAGACCUGGGGCUGGCCAGAUACCACUCAAUAUUCACCAAGUCCAACAUACCCCAUUAUCGGAUCGACGGAUAUACAGGAGCCUACAGACCACCAGAAAUGGAUACUGGGAAUCACAUUUCCCCCAAGUAUGAUAUAUGGUCACUUGGGCAGGAGGAAGACGACUCCUCAGUUCUCAACGUUCAGGAGGAUAAAUACUUUCUGAAGAUGUUUGACGAUAAUGGCAGACCAUAUGCUGUGGUUAAGCCAUCUAUUUCAAAGUGGAUAGGAAAACUACGAAGUCUCGACUCCUGUCCGGAGGUAAUAAAGGAGAUUCUUCAGAUUAUCGAAUUACAUAUGCUUGUUGUCGACUCAAGUAACAGAAAAUCUAUUGGUCAAAUAUGUGUAUCUCUCACUCGAAUUCUGAAGAGUGCUCAAGCAGAACACAAGUCAACUGAACCUAGAUUCAAAAAUGUAUUGGCACAAAGCGUGGGCGGUGCGCUCACAGAUGAUUUCAUGGACCGCCCGGCAACUUUGGACAUUGGAGAUGAACAGGAAAGUUCAGCAAUUGCCGACAACAACACCAAAAAGCAUACAGCGACACUUAGAAGAGCCGAGUCAGCACCCUCAUAUGCUUCCGUUGCUGCUCGUGGACCUCAGAAGAGUGCCAUGGCGAGUGCUUCCAAGAGAUAUAAUAAGUGA